AAAUAUCGAUUCUAUCGAUAUUGCCCUCGAUUGUUUGACACCUCUAAUCGCAAGUCAUUCCGGCUUUAAUUUUUGUGAUUUUGUGAACGAAUUUAAAGAAAAUCAGACAUGUUUCUUACACGCUCCGAGUACGACAGAGGUGUAAACACCUUCUCGCCCGAGGGACGUCUCUUCCAGGUGGAGUAUGCCAUUGAAGCCAUCAAAUUGGGUUCUACCGCCAUCGGCAUUUGCACCAAAGAAGGCGUUGUCUUGGCCGUAGAGAAGCGCAUCACAUCGCCCCUGAUGGUGCCCAGCUCGGUGGAGAAAAUCGUGGAAGUGGACAAGCAUAUUGGCUGCGCCACCUCCGGCCUGAUGGCCGAUGCACGCACACUGAUCGAGCGCGCCCGCGUGGAGUGCCAGAACCAUUGGUUCGUCUACAACGAGCGCAUGUCCAUCGAGUCCUGUGCCCAGGCCGUCUCCACGCUGGCCAUUCAGUUCGGUGACAGUGGCGACAGCGAUGGUGCCGCCGCCAUGAGUCGUCCCUUCGGCGUGGCCAUACUCUUUGCCGGUGUCGAAGACAAGAAGCCCCAACUCUGGCACAUGGAUCCCUCGGGCACUUUUGUGCGUCAUUCCGCCAAGGCCAUUGGCUCCGGUAGCGAGGGCGCCCAGCAAAAGUUGCAGGAGGACUUUACACCCGAAAUGAGCCUGAACGAUGCCAUCGACACAUGCCUGAACACACUGAAGCAGGUCAUGGAGGAGAAGCUCAGCUCGACCAAUGUGGAGGUGAUGACCAUGACUGCCGAGAAGGAGUACUACAUGUUCUCCAAGCAGGAGGUCGAGCAUCACAUUUCAAAUUUGGCGUAAAUCGUUGCAUAGUUUUCCAUAAUUUUUAUAUCGGUAAAAAGAAUAAAAAACUUAAAUGUGAAUAAAGGGAUUCUAAAUCAUCCA